AUGGCAACCAGGUCCUCCGACUGGUUCCAGCAGCCCCCUGGAGCGGACGGCUCCUCGGCUCUCCAGCUAGACACGUUGUUGUCUUGCGACUCUGAGCCCCAGUUUUGGCAGGAUAUUCUGACCCAGCAGCUCUGGCAGAUUCUCGCCGGGACCCCAUCGAGGCACAGGCGGCCAGAACAGAUGCCGGGCCUGGAGAGCCAGAACGUGGGACCCUUCUACUUUGGAGUGGAAUCCUUCAUCGAAGAAGCUCUGGGUUUCCAGGAAGGGAGCGCAGGGCCGGGCGUGGCACCAGGGGCGAUGCUGUCCCAUGUGGCCCAGGAGCCUGCCAGGAGGACCUGUCGCCUUCUGAAGCCCAUAUGCUGGGACUCUGAGGACUUCGAAGUCUCCUGGGAGAGGCCCGAUGCGUUGCCCUGGCAACCCAAGAAGCUGGCCGUCCCACACAGAAUAAAGCUGGUGCGGACGCUGCGGCCCGGGGAGUCGGUGCUGGCCGCGGCCGUGAGCAGCUUCACGCGGCACGUGUUCACCUGCGGCAGGAACGGCGUGCAGGUGUGGAGCCUGGCCGGCCAGAAGGCGGAGGACAGGUUCCCGGUGAGCCAGCUGCGCGUCGAGGACUCCUUCGCCUACCUGCGCACCUGCCUCCUGUUCUCCAACAGCACCACGCUGCUGACGGGCGGCCACAACCUGGCGGGCGUGGGCGUCUGGGACCUCACGGCGCCCUCCCUGCGCGUCAGCGACGAGCUGCCCGCGCCAGACCUCACGUGCCAGGCCCUGGCUGCCAACCUGGAGGACAGCCUGGCCUUCGCCAGCUUCACGGAAGGCAACAUCAGGAUCUGGGACCUGCGGGACCACAGUGUGGUCAGGGACCUGCCGGGCCCUCCUCAUGGCGUCAAGAGCAUUGCGGUCAAAGACAGUAACAUCUGGGCGGGGGGCCUGGGGGCCUGCCUGCGGUGCUGGGACCUGAGGACCAAGGAGCCCCGGGAGUACCAGUAUGAGUCUCAGAUCAUAAGCCUGUCCCCCAGCCCCCGGGAGGACUGGGUUCUGGUGGGCACAGCCAAUGGCCAGCAGUGGCUGCAGUCCACCCUGGGGGACCAGAGGCGCAUGGUGGGCUGUAAGGAAAGCACCAUCCUCGGUCUCAAGUUCUCCCCCCUCGGCCAGUGGUGGGUGAGCGUGGGGAUGGACACCCUGGUCAGCAUCUACAGCAUGCCCACAGGAACCCUGCAGUUCCAGGUUCCCGAGAAAAUGUCUGUCAUGUGCUGUGACGUUUCCCCCAACAACCGCCUCAUCGCCACGGGGACCAGGGAACAUGCCUCCGUGUACCAGAUCAUGUACUGAGGGGCUCACUACUGCCAUCUCAGCUCGGGGUCCUUGCCCCCCAGCGAGGGGGGUAGCGGUGGAGGGUCAUGGUGGGUGGGCCGGGAUCUUUGUCACGUGGAAUAAAGCAACUGGAAA